UACGUGUUGCAUACUUAAUUUGACAGUUGACACUCUUCUUUGUGUUUUCUUCCACCUUCUUUUUCGCUAUAUCAUUCAACAAAAUUGUUUCUUUAUUUCUUUCUUUUGUUGUUUUUUUUUUUUUUUAUUAUUGUUAUUGAAAUCAAGAGAAUCAAAACCGAGGCUCUGCAAUUUGUGAAGAAGAUGAUCAAAGCAAUCUCAUCUCUACGCAAAACUCUGGUUCUACCUCUUCAUUUACAUAUUCGUACGCUACAAACUUUCGCCAAGUACAACGCACAAGCUGCCUCGGCCUUGCGAGAAGAGCGUAAGACACCUCUUUAUCAAAAUGGAGAUGAUGAAUAUGUGGAUUUGGAUUGGGAUAAUCUCGGGUUUGGUCUAACUCCAGCUGAUUACAUGUAUGUCAUGAAAUGCUCAAAAGUCGGCGAAUUCACUCAAGGAGAACUUAGUCCCUAUGGGAAUAUUCAGCUAAGUCCUUCUGCUGGAGUCUUAAACUAUGGACAGGCGAUAUACGAAGGUACAAAAGCAUACAGGAAAGAAAAUGGGAAGCUUCUUUUGUUUCGCCCUGAUCACAACGCUCUGCGGAUGAAGCUUGGCGCUGAACGGAUGCUCAUGCCUUCUCCUUCGGUUGAUCAGUUUGUUAAUGCAAUUAAACAAACCGCUCUUGCAAACAAGCGUUGGGUUCCUCCUUCAGGAAAAGGGACUUUGUACAUUAGGCCUUUGUUGAUGGGAAGUGGUCCAAUUCUUGGUUUAGGUCCUGCACCUGAAUAUACAUUCAUUGUCUAUGCAUCUCCAGUUGGUAACUACUUCAAGGAAGGGAUGGCUGCUCUUAACCUCUAUGUUGAGGAAGAAUAUGUCCGAGCAGCUCCUGGUGGAGCUGGAGGUGUCAAGAGCAUCACAAAUUAUGCACCCGUUUUGAAAGCACUGAGCAGAGCCAAGAGUCAGGGGUUUUCAGACGUUCUUUAUCUCGACUCUGUCAAGAAGAAGUAUUUAGAGGAGGCUUCUUCUUGCAACGUCUUUGUUGUCAAGGGUCGGACAAUCUCAACUCCUGCAACUAAUGGAACAAUUCUUGAAGGAAUUACGCGGAAAAGUGUGAUGGAGAUCGCAAGUGAUCAAGGGUAUCAGGUAGUAGAGAAGGCAGUUCAUGUGGAUGAAGUAAUGGAUGCAGAUGAAGUUUUUUGCACCGGAACUGCCGUAGUAGUUGCUCCUGUGGGCACUAUAACAUAUCAGGACAAAAGAGUAGAGUAUAAAACCCGGGAUGAAUCUGUCUGCCAGAAACUGCGUUCAGUCCUUGUCGGUAUCCAGACAGGAUUGAUUGAAGAUAACAAGGGAUGGGUCACAAAUAUCAACUGAAAAAACAAUCUUCAAUAUUUUGCCACAUUGGAGAUUAGUCUGCAUUUUAAGCUGUGUAUACACAACAAUGGAGAACACUGUAAACAUAUAUAUGAGAUAGAAACAGAAGCUAUUUUGCUCAUUUCUAUUUCGUAAAAAUCAAAUGUCUUUCACAAAACUAUGAUUAAAAAAGAUCGUCUAUUGUACUUGUAGAAAAGUGUUCCAAGCAAAGUUUCAUUUUCCUCCUG